AUGACUGUCCAAAAGUGCAUUGAUGGAUGCGCUGCUGCUGGUUUCUCAUCCGCUGGUCUCGAGUACGGACGAGAGUGCUCCUGCGGAAACAUCAGCUUCCCCCCAGGAUCUGGUGCUGAGCCUCAGGACUGCAGUAUGCCUUGUCUCGGUGACGCCUCUCAGUCUGGUGUUGAUACUACCCCAACCACCCCCACUGGUCCUUGGACUCCCGCGCAAGGAGGUUGCUGGCAGGAUAAUGUCGACCAUGUCCGUGCUCUCGAACAUGGUGCCAAUGGCUAUGAUGAUAUGACUCCUACCAAAUGCCAAGCUAUCUGCGACGCUCAAGGAUUCAACUUGGCCGGUGUCGAAUACGGCCGUGAAUGCUGUAAGUCUCCUUUCCACAGUGAUCAUUCUUGUGCUAAUCAUGAGCCACAAAGUCUGUGGCAACACUAUCAUGGGUAA